AUGGAAAGUAAAGUGAGAGGAGUAGGAGUAGUAGAAGAAGAAGCAGAGAGACAAAAAGUGGAAAGAUUGGUGAAAAAGUUAAAGAAUCAUAAAACUCGAAUUAACCCAUCUUCAACUCCUGUCCGCGUUAGCUUCCUCCUCCCUAAGUCUACCCUUGUUUCCUCUAGAAAGCUCGCUGCUGCUUUCUGGGAGUUUCAUCACUAUCAGUACCACUCUGCUUCUUCUUCUUCUUCUGCUAAGAGGAUGCACCGCGGCGCUAAUGGUUUCGCCGGCGGAACUAGUAACCGCCGGCAACGUCACGGCAAGGCGGUGGUUAAGGAGAAUGGUCUCGACUUCUCUCAAUUCCUUCGAGAUCCUUCUCCUGAUCAUCAGCCAGGUAGUGCUGGAAGUCUAAGGAGGCAGAUCGGUCAAAUGUUGAUAAAGCAUCAUCAAUCUAUCGAACGUAACAAUCACGCUCUUCAGCCUGUAUCUCCGGCUAGUUACGGAAGCUCACUCGAGGUUACAACAUACAACAAAGCAGUAACUCCAAGUAGUUCAAUGGAGUUCCGAGGAAGACAGUCUAGAGAACCUCACUACAAUCUCAAGACAUCAACCGAACUUCUUAAAGUAUUGAACCGUAUUUGGAGCCUCGAGGAGCAGCAUGCUUCCAAUAUCUCCUUAAUUAAAGCUUUGAAAACCGAGCUGGCUCAUUCACGUGUUCGAAUCAAGGAGCUUCUUAGGUACCAGCAAGCCGAUAGACACGAGCUAGACGGUGUGGUGAAGCAACUCGCUGAAGAAAAGCUGUUGAGGAAGAAUAAGGAAGUUGAGCGGAUGAGCUCUGCGGUUCAGUCAGCGAGGAAAGAGUUGGAAGAUGAGCGGAAACUUAGAAAACGUUCAGAGAGUUUGCAUAGGAAAUUGGCACGUGAGCUCUCGGAAGUGAAGUCUUCUUUGUCUAACUGUGUCAAGGAGCUUGAGAGAGGGGCUAAAUCAAAUAAGAUGAUGGAGCUACUCUGCGAUGAGUUUGCCAAAGGGAUCAAGAACUACGAAGAGGAGAUCCACGGUUUAAACAAGAAGAAUCUUGAUAAGGAUUGGGCUGGUAGAGCUGGAGGAGAUCCAUUGGUUCUUCAUAUCGCUGAAUCUUGGCUUGACGAAAGGACACAGAUGAAAUUAGAAGGUGGAGAUACAUUGAAUGGUAACAACAGAUCAGUGCUGGAUAAGCUUGAGGUUGAGAUCGAGAGAUUUCUUCAGGAGAAGCGGAACGAAAUACCGAGAAUCCGCCGGAAUUCACUUGAAUCUGUCCCGUUCAACACCUUGAGUGCACCACCGCGAGAUGCAGACUGUGAAGAAGACUCUGCAGGAAGCGAUUCAAAUUGCUUUGAGCUCAAGAAACCUACAGUGUCUUAUGGAGAGGAAAUUAAGAAACCAAACCAACUUAACAAAGAAAGUUUGAUCGAUGAAAAGUCGAAAGGAAAGAUUGGAAGCCCGUCCACGUCGAGUUUCCAAGUUAACUUUGAGGAUCAAAUGGCGUGGGCGAUAUCGAGUAAUGGAAAGAAGAAAACCACCCGAGCUAUUGAAAACAAAGAGGAAGAUAAUGUAAAGCCUGAGAACAGCAACAACAUAAAGAAACCAGAAGACGAAAUUGAUCAGUGUGCUACUACGAACAAGAACGAUGUAAUGGGGGAAAUGAUUCGAACACACAGAAGGUUAUUGUCCGAAACCCGUGAAAUCGAUGAAGCUUCUUGCAAUUUCCCGUCUUCUCGAAGACAAGCAAGCCCAAUUCGACAGUGGAUUUCAAGAACCGUCACACCUGAUCUUCUAGGCUCGUCCGAAAUUGCAAUAGCUCACGGAGUAAAGGAUAAUACUUUGAAAACUAAGCUCGCAAAGAGUUCAAAAUCGCGUCAUCGGUUAUUCAAAGGCUAAUCCAUCCAGAGUUGUUCAAUCGAAAAUGGACCGAAACGAGUGGUCUUGUUGGAUACACACAUAUCUUGAGUUUCAUAUUCAUUUUCUCUGUAAAUCGGACUCAUCUACAAAUUUGUAUAUCCAUUGCAAAUUUUUUGAGUUAUUGAAUUUUGAAACAUCGCAAGUAAGAGAA